UUUAACGGUACAGUAUUUGCAAAUGGAGACUAGGUGUUUGUGGCGUUGUUGACUUAUAUAGAGAAAUGUCUGACAGUGAUGAUGAUUGUCCACGAUUAUCAACUGAGGCAUUGCAAGCCCUUCAAGAAUUUUAUGUUCAGCAAGCAGAAAAUGACGAAAAAUUGCGCAGCCUUCUUGAAGGGAAAGAAGUUUCGCCACAAAAUAUCCAAUUUCCUGAAGACUGGCAACUUAGCCAAUUUUGGUAUGAUGAUGAAACAGCAGAAUAUCUUUCGAGAGAAGCACUUAGAGCUUCAGGUCCUACAGGAAAGAUAGCAUUGAUAUCCUGUCCAACACUUUAUAACAAACUGAAAUCCAAAGCGCACAGUAAUCAGGUGACUCUCUUUGAAUUUGACAAGAGGUUUGCCAUUUAUGGGGAAGAUUUCAUUUCAUAUGAUUACAAUGCUCCUUUGGAUAUUCCCCGCCAUUUUCAUGGACAGUUUGAUGUUGUUGUAGCAGAUCCUCCAUUUCUGUCAGAGGAAUGCCUAAUAAAAAUUGCAGAAACUGUGAAGUUCCUUGCCAAGCACAAAAUUAUAUUGUGCACAGGUGCUAAAAUGAAAUACUUGGCCAUGAUGAUGUUGAAUGUCAGAAAAUGUGAAUUUGAGCCACAUCACAAGAACAACUUAGCAAAUGAGUUUUACUGUUACACAAAUUAUGAUACUGUUAUUGACACUGAAUAAUUGUAAUGUAAAUGAAUUUAUUAAAUAUAAUGUUCAGCAUUUAUACUGAA